UCAUUCGACGAUUCGCCGUCGCCGCACACGCAGAGCAUUGGCUGCGCGCUCCGCCGACACAAAUAAAACCGAAAAAUAAAUCAAACAAAGUGCUUUUCCCACGACGCGAGUUUUCCGCGGCGGUUUUUGGCCGAUUUGACUUUUUGGAUAUUCACCCGUUUUACUGAGCUUUUCCGUUCGAGAGUUCAAGGCGUUCUUGCGUUCCUGGCCACCGAUGCAAAUCAAUUACGCCAGAUUUGCAGUGCAAAACAAUGGCGUUAUUUGUGCAACAACAAUUACUAACACAACGGCAGCGGCAACAACAGCAAAAUCAGCAAGAGCGAAAAAAACAACAACAAAGGCAAAGGAGCAGACAGCGCAGGACAUUCAGUUAGUUCCCCGAAAGGAUACGGCUCAACUGCUUGUGUGCAAAAAAAGCAAAAAAUUUAUACCCCUAAAAAUUACAAACAAAAACUGAAAAAGUGCCCAAAAUCUGAUAUAAACGAAGAUACACAGCGCAUCUUGAACCGAAUUAAGAAAUCGCUACAGUUGCACCUGCGCAAAAGAAUUGUCAUCAAAUCGCGAUACCCGAACGCUAUUCUAUUUUCUAAGCUUUUUGUUUGAGUGAAUUUCGAAAGUGUUAAAAGUUGAAUAUUCAAAAAUAUACAAAUUGCAAUUGCAUACUUGAAUAAUUGAAUAAUUCAUUAAUUGAACCCAAAAAUGGAGCAAAUAACGAACUACUUCGAGCACAUGGAUUACGUGUCCUUCGGCGUGGUGGCUCUGCCCUGCGUCGUCAUCGCCGUCUACGGAUUCCUGCAGGUGGCCAGCGGCCUGGCCAAGUGCAAAAAUGACAAAAUGCAGCGCUGCAACCAGAACAGCAGCAGCAGCACCAGCAACAUUACGACGACCAGCAACAUCGGCGGUGGCAGCAACAAACGCUGCCCUCAGAAGUACACCGGCAACAAUAACCUAGCCGCCGCCAGCGGCAUGUUGGCCUAUCAGCAGCACGCCACCGCCUCCUCGGCAGCAACGUUGCAGCACGGCAGCAGCGCCGGUGGCAAGAACUCCUCUCGCAAGAGUCGCUACAACAGCAACAAGCAGAGUCAGCAGCAACAGCAUCAGCAGCAGCAGUUUGAGCACAUCCAGAAGCGGAAUGGAGCCGCUGGAGGAAGCGCAGAAGCGCCAUCCACAUCCACCUGGCUCGAACGGGGCUAUGGACGCCGGUUGACCCAUUCUUCAUGCAUCGAAGACAAAUUCCUAGGCCAGCACAAUCCGGGCCAUCGCAAUAGCACCAGCAGCGAGGCGACCAGCGAGGACAUAGACUCCACUAGCGAGCUCCUAAACAAACCGAAGGGCAACUCAAGCGCCGGCAGCAACACUUUCAACAACCAUGUGGCAGGCAGCAGCAAGAGUCGCUCGAAGCGCCAGCAAAAGCCGUCCGUUGGCCAGCAGACUCGCAAUCCUGACCAGAAUGGCCAGAGGACCGGAACAGCUGGCCCCAUGGCGGGCCAGAAGGUCAAGCAGCCGAAUGCCAAGUGGCGCCAGCAGCAGCCCAAUCCCAGCAGCAACAACCAGCAGCAGCAACAACAGCAGCAGCAGCAACAGCAGAAGCGCGGCAGGAACAAGAAGUCCGCAAAGUGCAGCAGCAACAUCAGCAAUUCCGACAGCAACAUGGUCAAGCAUGGCGGCAAUGGUCAGCGGAAGACCUGCGACAGCAGCUCCUCCUCUGCGCUGAGCUCGCCCACCAGUUCACCAACCAGUUCCCCCCACGCCAACGGCAAUCGGAAGCGGAUCGAACGCUCCUUGAUGCCAGGCGCCGCUCUGGAAUGGCGGCGGGAGCGGGAGCGUGGUCGCCAGAACGCCAACUUCCUGGUGCCUCCCCUCCGCCAGUACGAGCAACUGGAUCUGGACGACACAGCCGUGGUGCAGCAACUGCGUCGGCACAUCAUAGAUCACCAUCUGCUGAGGGUCUACGGCUUUCCCGUAGAGUCGGUGGUCCAUGAAGGCGCCAUCGAAAUCUUCAAGUGCCUGCCGCACAUGAGCUUCGCAGCUGCGCUGGCGGAAACCGCACCGGCAGUCACGGUGAUCAACUACCACGACGGACUGACCAACCGCGUUGAGGAGGAGGUGGCCACCUCGACCGACUCCGGCAACAGUUCGCCCCGCUCCUUGGACUCCGAAUCGGGCGGCGAGUGGAGCGGCAGCGAGUGCGAGUCCUCGAACUCAUCCUCCUCCUCCGCCGGCGACGCCGAGUUGAGUCUCGAGCUCAAGUACUGCCAGUAUGUGCAGGUGGAAAGGAGUCUGGCCAAGCCGUGUGCACGCUGCAAGCGCCACUUUCUGGUGGACGAGCUGACGGGCCAAUACCUGACCCACGAGGAGUGCCACUACCACUCCGGCAAGUACCAGCGUUACUACGAUGGCGUCUGCCACGGACGCUGGACGUGCUGCAACGAGGGCGAGGAAUCCUCGCCGGGAUGCUGCCUGGGCGACCGGCAUGUGUGGACGGGAUCGGUGGUGGGGGUCAAUGGGCCCUACUACGACUUCGUUAGGACUGAGCAGCGAGGAUCCGGCGAGGACGAGCCCGCCGUGUACGCCCUGGACUGCGAGAUGAGCUAUACGGGUCGUGGUCUGGACGUGACCAAGGUCUCCCUGGUGGCACUCAAUGGCCAAUUGGUGUAUGAGCACUUUGUUCGGCCCGAGUGCGACAUAAUUGACUACAACACCCAGUAUUCGGGCAUUACGGAAAGGGAUCUGCGUUCCGGAGCCAAGAGUCUGGCCGAGGUGCAGCGGGAUCUGCUCGAGCUGAUCACGGCGGACACCAUCCUCAUCGGACACGGGCUGGACAACGAUCUGCGGGCACUGCGCUUGGUGCACAACACCCUGAUCGACACCUCCAUCAGCUUCCCGCACUGCAGUGGGUUUCCCUACCGCCGGGCCCUGCGUCACCUGACCAAGGUGCACCUGAAGCGGGAGAUCCAGAGCGGUGAUGGCACCACGGGACACAGCUGCUUCGAGGACUCGCGGGCCUGCAUGGAGCUGAUGCUGUGGAGGGUCAACCGCGAGCUGGAUCCCACUUGGAGCUGGGACGAUUGAGGGGGGCUCGAUCGGGGGGGUGCGGAUCGGUAACAUUGGGGGGCCAGCAAGUACUUUUAGUUGUUAAGCCAGUAGGUACUAGUUCGCCUAGUUUGUACUAGUACUGUAUUCAAACACAAACAAAACACAAUCGUAAAAUCUCAGCUGGGUUGCUCACCUGGCAAUCGGUUUCUAUAGCACCGACUAACUGACUUAUCUCGGUUAUGCUCGUACAUAAUGUAUAUAGGGCCCCAUUGCCAGGGGUUCGCUCGGCGUAUAUAUAAAGUAAAUCGCAAAAUUGAAAUGACAAAAAAUGGCAAAGAGGAGCAAGCGAGGAAUGAGGAAUGAGGAGGAUAAGCACAUAAUUAUAUGCGGUACAUAAGGUACAUUUUGUAAGCGUAUAUUUAUAGAGAAAUAGUACUUUAAUCUACAUAUGUAUAUACACAUAUUGUUUUUUUUUUUUUCUUGAUUAAUUUCGAACCACGAGAAAAUGUACUGAAGUUUUAACUGUGAUGUUUUUUCACUUUCUCACAUAUUUACACGACAAACGGAAAUGAAAAGUAAAAGCUUACAAAAAGAAUAGAAAAAUACAAAAAGGCAAAAAUACAAAAAUAUAUACAUACCCGCACACACAUUAUUUUGUUAAGAAACGCAAAAGAAAGGCAAUCCAAAUAAGUUUAAUUUUCGACCAAAACUUUCAACUAAAAUCACUCCAUUUAUCUUAAUUUACCAUUAGUUUUCGUUUUGUAUCGUUUUUUUUUACCGCCAAUCAUUUCUUUUAUUUUUAUUUUUUUACGAAUAAAGCAUCUCAUAUACAAAAGGAAACGAAGGAAAGUAAAGUUUAACUUGAACUACUUUAUACACUAUGCAUAAUCGUAAGUUAGGUUAACCUUAUGUUUUCUGCAAACGUUUUGAUUAUUUAUUUAACGAAUCACGCGACAAGUUCAUUGAAAAUUUCUUCAAGUGUAAAAUUUUCCAAAUUGAACUCCAUCCUAGGCUAAGAAAUACUUUUCAUUUUCUCUCCAGAAACUGUCGACGUUUAACUAUUGUUCCUCGAUUCUGUUCCAUUUGCGAAAUGAGCCGAGGAAUACUUUAUUUGAAAAUCGAUGUUCCUAGCAGAAUAAGUUUCAGCACAAAUAUGUACACUGCACCAAGCAGAUGUCUUUAUAUUGAACGGAAAGAAUGAGAAGAGUAAUGCAAAUGCACAACGAAAAUUUCAAGAGAAUAAAAGCAACAAAGAUUUGUCUAAACCUAAA